UUCCGGCGCGCGAGGUUUGAAGGCGAUGGCGGGCGCGCUGUACUCGUCGCCGGGCUUGGUGGCGGAGCUGGACUCCUCGCUGUCCAUGCUGGAGCCGGGCGGCCGGGCGGCGGGGGGAGCGGGGGGGGGGGGGAGGAGGAGGAGGAGAGCAGCAGCGGGCGGACGCGGGGAACACGGACCUGCUGCCCAUGGUGUUCCUCUGCGCCGGCUGCAAGCGGCCGGUGGGCGACACGCUGAGCUGGGUGACCAACGAUGAGGAGGCGGGCUGCAUCCUGCUGCGCAGUGCGGCCGCCAGCGUCUCGGUGGAGCAGGAGCGGAAGCUCUCCAAGCGGCCCGGCGAGUGCGGAUGCAUGAUUGAAACAUUAUUCUGCUCUGGCUGUUCAAUGACACUUGGCAACAUCUAUAGGUGCACCCCAAAGCAUCUCGACUACAAGAGGGAUUUGUUCUGUUUCAGUGUUGACUCAAUUGAAAGUUACAUUCUAGGAUCCUCAGAAAAGCAAGCUCUUAUUGAUGAGGAACCUUUAACUCUUGAAAGUCGAGCUGUUUUGGAAGAGGUGCUACAAAGGGCAAACACUGUAUUAAAGGCUCUGGAGACAAGACUGAGUGCUGUUGAAUCACGUAUGGCUUCUCUUCACAAUAAAGUUUGAAAGAAAUUACUUGCAGGGACUUCAACUGCUGGAGAAUGAUGUAUGUGGAACUUGUCCUGUAAUCCUCUGGAAUCUGUGGGAACACUGCAAAAGCUGUGCAAAGAACUGAGAGACGGUGGCUCAUGCUCGGUAGAACAAUGCUGACUAUGAGUAGUCACCAUAGACAAGGAGUUCCUCUCCUUUCUGUCAAAAGGAUACCCCAGAAAGAAGUAGAAUCUUUUAAUCAAGUUUCUGUUGACUUUUGGUUUAUCUGUAAAUAUUUAUUUAAUUUUUUAUCUCUGAAAGCAAAGCAUUUAUUUCCUGACUUGUUGGCUAUUCAAUAUCUAUUGAACUGGGUGUGCUUCUCCUUCCUAAACCAAUUAAAAAAAAAAAAAUCCCUGUGAUGUCUGAAGGAACAAUAUAUGUAAUUUUUCUUGUCUCCACAGCCUUUGCUUGACCUGUGCUCAGAGACUGGAAUGGCACAAUAAUUCUGUGGGGCGGAUUUUUUUGUUUUGGUGGGUGGCUUUUUUUCAAGCUUAAGGCUAAAAUGUACUGUAAAGGAAGGCUUUAAAAGAAUUACAUAAAAUAGCUUUCAAUGCAGUAUUGAAGGUCACAUGUUUUAUAGCUUCAAGGGGAGGAAAACAAACAAGGCUGGUUGCAGCACACCUUUAAGCAAAGCUUGGUGUGUAUUUAAGCAAUGAAUUCAGAAUGCUAAUUAAAACACUUGUCAGUA